CGGCAUUAUAACUACCCUAUUGUUCCUUUCAUCUCCGGUCCCCAACACAAGCUCAGCAAUGGGGAAAUUAAUGAUAUACGGUGCCACUGGCUACACCGGCCGCCUUGCGAGCGAACAUGCAAAGAGCAUCGGCCUUGACUUCAUCCUCGCCGGCCGAACCACUCAGAAACUCCAAGACCUCGCCUACUCCCUCAGCCUCUCAUACCAGACCUUUGAUGUACAUGACAGCGUUGCGCACGUCGAUUCCGCCUUGAAAGAUAUCGAGGUCUUUCUCAACUGCGCCGGCCCGUUUCAUCGCACGGCCAAGCCCCUCAUGGAAGCCUGUAUCCGCAAUGGUGUGCACUAUCUCGACAUUGCUGCCGAACUGGAGAGUUACGAGCGUGCCGAGGAAUUGGGUCAAGAGGCCAAAAAGGCGAAGGUCAUGCUUAUGCCCGGUUGUGGCGGCAGCGUCGCAAUGCUCGGCUGCUUGGCUACGCAUGUCCUGGAACAGAUGGACUCCUCCGCCAGCAGCAUCGAUAUCGCACUGCACGUCUCGGGUCAAAUGUCGAGGGGGUCGGCCAUCAGCGCCCAGGAGGGAGCCAUGGUGACAGAACGUCAGGACAUUGGUGGGAAGAUGGUGCAUCAGGAUACUGCAAGCGAACAGGAGUUCGAUUUCGGCGACGGCAGAGGACGUGUGAUGUGCUUUCCGAUCAAGUUGCCUGACCUGAUAACAAUAUCGAAGGCCACAGGAGUUUCCGCUGUCCGCACAUUUGCCCAUGUAUCUGGGGCUGCCUUCCCAACUGGAGAUCUCAUGGAGUUACCAAGUGGUCCAACUGCUGAGGAGCGAGAGGCAAAUCCGUACCACGCUGCUGUCGACAUCACGGCUGAGGAUGAAACAGUCAGACACGCAGUCCUUCACACAGUGAAUGGAUACUCAUUCACCUCGAUUGCUUCCAUUGAGGCUGCCGUGCAAGUACUGGCUGGUAAAUUUCUUCCCGGGUUUCAGACGCCAGUGGAGGUAUUUGGCAGUGGCUUUGUGGAGUGUAUUAAAGGAUCUACCAUUGCAAAUUGUUAG